CCGGGACUUCCGGUUGGGUCGCCAUGCCAACGGUAGGAAGCCGGGGCCGCCAUAUAAGAGGCGGGCGGUGGCGGUGCGGGCGUUGCGGGGUUAGAUGGCGCACCACAAGGCCGCGGAUUCGAAGAGGGAGCAGUUUCGGCGCUACCUGGAGAAGUCGGGGGUGUUGGAUACGCUCACUAAGGUGUUAGUGGCCUUAUAUGAAGAGCCAGAGAAACCAAGCAGCGCACUGGACUUUUUGAAGCAUCACCUGGGAGCUUCAGCUCCUGAGAGUCCAGAAAUGGAGGCGCUUCGUAUGGAACUGGUAGAGCUGAAGGAGAAAUACGAAGCUGUGCUGGAAGAGAAUGAGAAACUGAAAUCCAAACUGGCUCAAUAUGAACCACCUGAAGAAGAGAAGCGUGAUGAAUAACAGUAGUUUCUCCUUUCGUACCUUGGCUUUAUUAAUAAAGGGCUUAUUGUGAACCGCA